AAAUCAACAUGGUAGCAUAAAAAUGCCAUUGUUCUUCAACCAGUCUGAUCUUCUACGCUCUCAAAGGCGCUUUAUUUAUGCUAAAUCUCGAUAAGCUGCCCGGAAAUAUUUGUUCGAAAUAGUGAAUUUGUAACAGAGCCUCAAAACUAAACGCGAUUCGUGGAAGUGGCGCGAUAGUGAUAGAAGGUAGAGAAAUUAAACCCAUCUUGCAUCGGAAAAUUUCGAUUUGACAGUGAGGUUAUGUUGGCGCGUUUUUUGACGGCUGCCUUUGAGUGAGCGGUGGGUUAUGUUGUGCAUAUACAUUUGAUGCAAGGUGUUAAAAAAUAUCUAAAAUCCUGAUAAUUGGGCUAGAAUUGCGUGCCUAAAGACACAUCCACGGUGUGGUAUAGUUUAGCAGUGUGGUAUACGCUCGAUUGUUACUGUUUACGCGUUAGCCAUGUUCGGUGCAAAGCCCGGAGGCUUUGGUCAGCCUACCACCAACACUGGAUUCGGAACAUUCGGGACCAACACGGCAGCGGCAAGCCCGUUCGGGCAAACUACCGCAUUCAGUAAACCGGCAACGGGUGCAUUUGGUGCGACUCCAGCCUUUGGUCAACAGCCAACGACUUCCCUAUUCGGACAAACGCAGCAAGCUGGAGGACUAUUCGGGGCAAGCACCAGCACUGCACCCGCCUUUGGUGCUGCAACGACGCAACCGGGAUUUGGAGUUUUCGGCCAAGCACAACCCCAAACAACGUCAUUAUUCGGUACGCAAAACAAUACCGCUGCUAACACGUCGCUGUUUGGUAAUAAUAAUAACACCUCGUUUGGAGCCGCUAAACCGGCUGGAUUUGGUGUUUUCGGACAGCCGGCCGCCCAAACGACGUCCCUCUUUGGCCAGUCCACCACGAACAAUACGGCCACAUCGGGAUUCUUCGGUCAAAAUACGCAAACUGCUGGAGGUUUGUUUGGUGCGGCCAAACCCGCAUUCGGUGCUGCAACGGUACCGGGUGUUGUCGGCGGCAAUGGAACAGCAGUGGCCAAAUACCAGCAAACCCACGGUACGGAUACGCUGGUUAAGAAUGGCCAAACGACCACCGUCAAUACGAAGCAGCACUGUAUCACCUUCAUGAAGGAUUAUGAAAACAAAUCGGUUGAGGAGCUGCGAUUUGAAGAUUAUGCCGCCAACCGGAAAGGUCCACAAGCGGGUGCACCCGGUGCCGGAGGACUUUUUGGAGCGGGCGCACAAUCGACGGGUCUUUUCGGUGGUACGGGUGCGACACAAUCGACCGGAUUGUUUGGUCAAAACCAGGCCCAGCAGACCGCCGGUGGGUUGUUUGGUACGUCGACCAAUACGUUCGGUGCCACUACGACUCCCGCUUUCGGUACAACAGCUGGCAGUACGUUCGGGAAGCCGUUCGGAAACAAUCCGGUAGCAACAUCGGCACCGGGAUUCGGUUUCGCCCAAUCGACCACCUCCACGCUGGGUGGAGGUCUUGGAGCAAACAAACCUGCGUUCGGUGCAACCGGUACGACCGGUGGAUUGUUCGGGCAAACGGCUGCUCCGGCGACGAGCACCUUUGGACAGACAACUUUUGGUGGCUUUGGCACGCAAAACCAGGCCGCGCAACCGGGAGGAUUGUUUUCAGGUGCGGGCGCAGGAACAGCAGCUCCUGGGGCCGGUGCGUUCGGUACGCUGGGUGCUCAGUCAACGCCGUCCAGCUUCAACUUCGGUACGAACACACAAACCAGUGCGGCCGGUUCGACACUGUUCGGGGCGAAGCCUGCCAACACGUUCGGCACACUCGGAGGCACAACGUUUGGGCAGGGCGCAACUUCUAACGCAUCCACGUUUGGGCUCGGAACGAACACUAACGCCGCGGGAGGUAAUUCGUUUUUCGGCAAUACCUUCAACAAGCAAGCUGCGCCUACAUUCGGUCUAGGGACCAACACUUCAACCGGUGGCGGUAUAGGAGGAGCGACCGGUGGACUCACGUUCGGGACUGGAUCGUCGUCCCUGUUCGGCAAUACGGCUGCUAAACCCGGUGGAUUGGGGACGGGAACAAGCCUGUUCGGUAAUACGUCCACCCUUGGUACCGGCGGUACCUUCGGAACAAUGGGCAUGGGCACAUCGUUCGGAGCAGGUACUGGUGCCGGUGGGCUAGGCAUGUCCAAUCUUGGUGGACUUGGCGCUAUGGGUCAGAGUGCAGUGGGACAGCAAACCGUGCCGAUUCAUCAGCAAAUCCUAGCCAUGGCGACAUCACCGUACGGAGACAAUCCCAUCUUUAAGGGCAUUAAACCGCUCGCUGGUCCGUCAGAGGAAUCGCUAAAACCGACCAAUCCAUCGGCACAGAAAGCAAUCCUGGAGGGAUCGAACUAUCAACUGAAGAUAUCGUCCCGUACUGGAAGUAACGAUCGCGUGAAAGUUAAGCCACUCGGUGCAGCACAGCUAAAGAAGUCCAUUUUCGAGGGGCUGGAAGAGUACGAUAGUACGCUCGAGGAUAGCUUUACGCUAAAACCGAACGCGAAGCGUUUGAUUAUUAAACCACGCUCGACCAAGUCUACGAUUAUAAUCCCGGAAUCGAUCGGUGGUACACGUGAACCACAGUACAAUCUGUCCGGCGGUUCAAACACGGGAGACGAUAUUCCGACACCGACGCGCAUAUCCGGGAUUGGAGAAUCGUUCCGCAAUCAGAUUCCAACGCACCUAACCGAUACGGUACCAUCGGGGAAAUACCAACAGCAGCAAUCACAAGGCACGACAGACGGCAGCAGACGAGUGUCUUGGUUACAGUCGAACGUGCUGGAUAAGGUGCGCCAACAACAGCAGGGCAAUAAUCAGCGCUUGUCGGAAUCGGUGUUGGACAACACGAUCAAAGAGUUUGCUGUGUCGUCUUCAAAUAUGCGAUCCGAACGGGCCAGCUUGCUCUCAGCGGGUACCAAUCGAGAAGAAGCGGGAGAACCUGACGAUACCGUCAAUGUUGGAGGAGCUGCAAGAAAGGGUAUCGCUAAGGACAGUGCAUCCAGCACCUCACCUGUCCUGGGCAAUCAAACGUUAAACGAUAGCUUCAUCUCGAAUCGCUCCUUUUUGAACGAAACAAGCGUUGGUGCGGGAAUUGGAACGGAAUUAUCUACGUCCGUCGCUGCCGUAGUGGAGGAUGCCGAACCACAUCCCACGGGAAUAGUGUUGCGCCGCGUAGGGUACUAUACUAUUCCUACGCUUGAUGAAAUUGCGCAACUGAUGGAUGAGGACGGUCGCUGCAUUGUGCCGAAUUUUACCAUCGGUCGCAAAGGUUACGGUAACGUGUACUUCAACGAACCGAUCGACGUUGCCGGGCUGAAUAUAGAUGAAAUCGUACACUUUCGCCAUAAGGAAGUUAUCAUCUAUCCGGAUGAUGAGAACAAACCGCCGGUUGGCAGUGGGCUCAACCGGAAGGCUCAAAUUACGCUCGAUCAGGUCUGGCCGCAUGAUAAAACGUUGCACGAACCGAUCAAAGACCCGCAGCGGCUGGCAAUCCUGGACUACGAAGGCAAGCUACGGCGUGUGUGCGAUAAGCACGAUACACGCUUCCUCGAAUAUCGGCCCGAUACGGGUAGCUGGGUGUUUAAGGUAGAACAUUUCUCUAAGUAUGGUUUAAGCGACAGUGAUGAUGAGGAUGCAACACCAGCAGAUCCAAAGAAGGUAAAAGUUAUGCUAGCUGCACAACAGCGCAAGGAACUGCUGUUGCGUACGAAAACACAACACUCAGGCUCAAAGCAGCAGGAUAAAGAUGGUGAAACAGCUGCAUCCGGGCAGGAAACUAAUGAUAACCAACAGGGAAAAGUUACUGCUCCAUCGGAUACAUCGACCAAUAACAAUGCGGUCCGGCAAGUUGUUGCGUUCGAGAAUGGUGAUGACGAUGACUAUAAUGCGUCACCGUACGGGGAUGAAAAUAUGAACUUUUCCUCGCAAUAUCUGCGUGACAAUCCGACCAGCCCGACUGCUGCUAUCGCAAUGGAGAUGGGGACAGAUCCGCACAAAAUACAGCUCAUGAAGGCGUCCUUUUUUGCGGAAGAUGAAUUUGAUGGGCGUUCCGUAACGUCGGAAUUCGGGCACAGCGAAGGACGGGACAGUCCCGAUCAGAUUGUGCCCAGUACGGCGACACGCUCAUCGACCACCGCCGCCGGUGCUGGCAGAUUGCUUCUCCAGAGCCUAUACAGCAGCAGCAGUGCAAACACGGGCAUUCACCGCAAAACAAACGCACCGGCCGGUGCACUGCUGAAGGCAGACGGUACUCCUUCGGUGUGUUUUAGUCCGGGCAGUUUAAUGAAAACAUCCACCGUCAAAAGUAUUCACGCCGGUUCCACGCUGAGCUUAUCCUCAUCCCGGCAAUCGAAGCCUCCGCAAACGGCAGCAACCGUUGCAGGCGUGCAGCAAACCACGUUGCCAGCGAUUGCCCGCCCGACCGGUCCACAGGCAUUACCGCUUGCGCUGAAACCAAAAAUUGAAUCACUGCACCCGAUAAACAUUGUGAUUCCACUGUCAAAAUCCAUCCUGAAACGGUUCCUGAACAACAAAUCGAACCUGGCCUUCUUUCAUGGGCGCAAAUUUAAAGUUGGCUGGUCGUACGGUAACGCCAUGGUGCAGCUGAACACACGUGAUAACUGUGCCGAGUUGGUGCGUCAGUUUGAAUCCGUCAUCAGCAGCACGUUACCUGCUUCCAGAGCGAAGCUGAUUGGAAUAGAUGCGGUCAAACCAUUCUUCCACGGACGCACCGACAAUGACUUUUCGCCUGCAGCUCUGCAACUGUUGCGCGUCAAAUCGACCGCCGAACCGAUGCUCAUCGAUGACGAUUCGUUCGCCCGCUCGGUCGAGGGUCAUCUGCGUGUGCAGCUGCGCAACUGUGAGCGACGUCACAGAGAUGCCAUGGCGAGCGAUUGCCCGCAUUUGAUAGCAGGUGGCAAGUAUCAAACACUCGAAGAGCAUCUGCUCGAGGCCCGUUCCUUGAUCGAUACCACCCACGAGGAGUAUAGCGAAUUGUGUGCCCAGGUGUGGGCUCUACUGGCCGCCCUUUGGGGUGCAAGAGAAGAGCUGGAAGGAGUGGAGGAAACCAGCCAUCUGAGCACCAUGUUUCGGCGGGAUUUGUUCUCCGAGUGGAUAGAAGACGUUGUAACGAUUCGCUCGCAAAAGAACAGUAACCGGGGCGAGAAGCACGACUAUCUGGACCAGCUGCUUGAGCUCAUCCACACCCACAAGGUGCUCGAAGCGUGUGAGCUGGCCUUCACCAACAAUGACAUUAAUCUGGCAAUGCUGUUGGCACAGAUAUCCGGUGGACCGGUGGUGCGACAGCUGCUCCAACAUCAGCUUACCUGCUGGCAGGACUCGGAAGCGGAUAAGUUUAUCGAUCCCCGACGGUUGGAAGUGUUCAUGGCAAUAGCGGGCAUACGUAUGAUGAGUUCGUCGCACGGUUCCAUUAACAUGGUGGAGCACGUCGAUUGGUUAGGUGCGUUAGCGCUGCAUCUAUGGUACAUUUGUCCACCGACCGCUUCGAUCACGGAUGCGCUGCUAAAGUACGAAGAAGCGUUCAACUCGAUCGAAUCCUUUACCCAUCCACCCUUGCCACCGUACCGAGCACGGUAUGCACAGAAGGGACCGAACAGUGGUCCAAUUCACGAUCUACGCUUCCAUCUGCUGAAGCUAUACUCGAAACGUAGCCAUCCGCUGGAGCCACUGCUCAAUCCGGCUUCCCACACGGCCGAUCCGACCGACUAUCGGCUGAGCUGGUUGCUACUGCAGGUACUGGAAACGCUUGGCUAUCACCACUGUUCGGAGCUUUAUCGCAGUAAGAUUCAUGUAGAAUUCGCAAGCCAGCUCGAAAGUCAUGGUUUGUGGCAGUGGGCAGUGUACGUGCUGCUGCAGCUCAACGAUCGUGCCCGGCGAGAACAUUCGAUACAGCAGAUACUUUACCGCUACAUUCAGUUGGUGCCGGAAAGUGUCAGCGAGGACGAGAGCACCGAAGCGGAGCGACAGGAUUAUUUGGCAAGAGAAAACUUUAUCGUCGAUGAGCUGGGAGUACCGGAAAAGUGGAUCUUCUGGGCGAAAGCUGUCCGCGCGGGUGCCGUGUUCGAUUAUAAGCAGCAGGCCCACUAUCUGCUGCUGGCUAAACAGUGGUCUUUGGCGCAUGAAAUCAUACUGCAACAGCUUGCACCGGAGUACGUGAUGAACAAUAAAAUUCCACAACUGAAGACCAUGCUGGAUUCCAUUGAAGACACCAAACAGAUUUCGAACUGGUCUACCAAAGGUCAAGUUUUGGUCGAUUUCAUUGAACUGAAUGAGAAGUUCGAGCAGCUAAAGGAUGUAAUGGACGAAGAAUUGAUUGAACAGCGGCUCGAGAGUCUCAAGCCGAAACUGUCGGAGCUCUGUUCGGUGAUUAAAAUGUUCCCUUGUCCCACACCGAAACACACGCUGCUUCAGAGUGAAAUAGCCCAACGGCUUGCCUACCUGAUUCGUACACACUUCGCAGAUGAUCCACAGAUCAGUGGCAGCACACUAAUGCGUGGCGCCCUCGAACGAUUACCCUUGCCAGAGGAACACGUGCUGGAGGAACUGGACCACAUGCUGCGUGCAUUCUUGGUGGAGGAAUUAAAGCAAAAGUAAACCAGCAGCAGGGAAGUAUAGACGCAAGACAAGCGAAAAGGUUGAUAGAUGUAGGUAGGCAACCCCAUUCCGUAAGGAACGGUUUUUUUCCGUAAGCUAGGCUAAUGGUUGAGCUUAGGUAUAUGGUAUCUGUGGACCGGUGGGCUGUAUUACGUGUCGCUGCUGGUUUUGGUGUACAUUAUGAUUGUAGUCAUUGUGCGCGUUUUGAGAUGAAUUGUUGUGUCACCACCUCAGUGUCGUACACACCACACGCUUUGGAGCUCCCGCAUUAAAAUUUAAGCAAAUAUCGAAAGUAAACGGUUCGGGUUCCGCGGUACAGCUACUAUCGCGUGCCGAAAAUAUGUUCUAUUUCUUUUCUUGUUAUACUACUAAGUGACUGUAUGCGAUAUAAAAUAACGUAAAUAAAUACCCCGAUAAUAAUGAACAAUGGAACAGAAAAGUUGUGCUCGUUUGUAUGUUUUUUUGGGAAAACAGAAAAAUUAGGCAAAUAUCAAACUCGAGGCUCGAAAGCUAGAAAAGUGUAAUCAUGUUUAUGAUUGUUUGAAGAAAACAUCUUUUGCUACGUAUUGGUUCCGGUUUUGUGUAGUUUGUAAUAAAUAAUUUAUUAUUUUUUUUAUAAAGAGCGUUCUUCCUUUAAAUAAUUAAAUAAUCAAUUAAAAUAGUAAACCUUCAUUGACAGAUGUUAAACUGAGAUGUAUCCAAUAUGGCUCGAUGUUGUGGAGCUUGCUGUUAUUCUCUUCCUUAUUGUAUUUUCUUCUCUCCGAUCUUGUUCUACCACUGCUUCUGCUUGUUUGCUAGUUCGCUCGCUGCAGUAGGAUAAUGGUUCUUAUAUGUUUGUUUUCCCACACCUUGCAACUUUUGUUCUUCCGUUUUGCUUAAUGCAUGCUUAUGGUAAAAAUACGUUGAGUACUGUAUUUGCUAUAGCUCGCUGUUGCUUACGCACCGAUGUUCUGUUACGCAUUUCUUUCCAUUUCCUACACACGUUUCCAUUUUGAAAAGUAAAACCGCUGGGUCAGUGUUGCUUGUUUCUAUGUGUUCUUCAUUUUCUUCAUUGCAUCCCCCGGUAGUGCUGAAACAGAGGGGGGGGGGGCUGUGUGCCCCCUCCACCUUCUGCGCUAGUGAGAUGAUGCAACUGUAGUGCAGCGUGAUCGUGUGCGCACCCACCGACAUGAUUCCAUUACUCGAUUGGAGGAAAGUAAGUUUUGCUUCUUAUUGUUUUGGUUGUUGUUUUUUUUUUUUGGAAA